AUGAGGAAUCAGACACUUCCAAGAGGGUUUUUGCUCCUGAGACUGAUGGACAGCAGGACACUGCUGGGGCUGCAGGCUGCCCUCUUCUCCUUGGUCUACCUGGUGUCCGUGCUGGAGAACCUGACUAUCCUCCUACUCACAGUUCUUGACCACCACCUCCACACCCCCAUGUACUUCUUCCUCAGGCAUCUGUCCUGCUUGGACCUGUGUCUCAUCUCCACUACAAUCCCCAAAUCCAUUGUCAACUCCAUCACCUUCAGCGACUCCAUCUCUUUCUUGGGAUGUGUGUCUCAGCUCUUCCUCGUGAUGCUUUUGGCAGGGUCAGAGGUGGGAAUCCUGACUGCCAUGUCAUAUGAUCGCUAUGUCGCCAUCUGCCAUCCUCUACACUAUGAGGCUGUCAUGAGCAAAGGGUGCUGUGUCCAGUUGGUGGCUGUGUCCUGGCUCAGUGGAGUGGUGUUUGGGAUUUUGUAUUCAGCUGGGACAUCCUCCCUAGAGUUCUGUGGCUCCAACCAGAUUCAACAGUUUUUCUGUGAUGUCCCUUCCCUAGCAAAGCUCAGUUGUUCUGAGGAGCACGUUAUCAUCAAUAUCAGUAUGGUCCUUGGGGUCCUCUAUGCGUUCUCAUGUUUGGUUUGCAUGGUGGUUUCCUAUGUGUUUAUUUUCUCUGCUGUGUUUAAGAUCCCAUCCAGGCAGAGCCAGUCCAAAGCCUUCUCCACCUGCACACCCCACCUGGUGAUUGUAGGUACCUUUCUCCUUUCAGGUACUGUUCUGUAUUUAAAGCCAGCCUCUAAUGCUUCUCCUAUUGGGGACUUGUUGUGCUCUGUGCUCUACUCUGUGGUGCCUCCUGUCUCGAACCCCAUUAUCUACUGCCUGAGGAACAGGGACAUUAAGUCAGCCCUGUGUAAAAUGCUAAGGAAAGAGAGAGAUGAGCCCUUGCUGAGCAGCACCACUGUGCCACACUUUGUCCUCAGCCUGUCCUCCUCCAAGCGAGCAGAAGCUGCACACUGUGCUGUGGGACAGCAGGCUUGGGGAGGAGCCUUGGCUCCAGCUACAGAACCACUCUGGGACUGGAGGCAAACACCACAGCAACCACCAGCAAUGCAAGAGAGUGGCAUCCAUACGGCAAUAAGACAUGAAGCGACUUCCAAUUCUGAUCAGGAUGUCACAGAAUCUUUGCGCUGUGUGAGCAUAAGUGAUGAUGGGAAGAAUAAGCCACUACUGCUGCACCACUCCCAGGCGACUUGUACACACAAGGAACAGAAUGUGCACAAUGCAAUACUGUCUAUCAUGUGA